CCGAAUUACACACAUGCAAGAAUAGCUCAGAGCCACUGGAUUUGCCAACCCUCCGGUUUUUAACAAUACGAAUGAAUGCAGCCAUGCACCGUAAGAAAUGGCUGUUGAGGAGCUGAACUGAAGUUGUGUGAACUAUCUGUUCUUUACGAUCCUGUGGCUAAUAAAGACAAUCUUCUAACAGGUUAAGAUGUCUGGAUCUAUGUCAGCUAAUAGCCCUGCAAGCCUGGAUGACACUGAUGUUGCUUUCCAGAAUGCAAGGUAAGGUACUUGCACCAUCGCAUCUGCAGGCGAUGGCUGGGCUUCCCUUCGUGCUGGCCUGCAACAUUACUAUGGAGAAAGGGGAGGUUUUAAAACAGGUGCUGUGGUUGGACAUGACAAAUAAAACUAUACUACACUAUCAGCCAGAUAAGUACGACCACAUCACCAGAGUGGAUGGAGUCGAGCUUUCACAGCAAACCGCAGCUCCACAAGCUCACACCAGUGUUAUCACCAUCAGAAGAGCUGCACCAGCCAAUGAGGGCUGCUACCACUGUCUAUUUGAUGUCUACCCAUCUGGGCAGCAGAGAGGAAGGACGUGUCUUUCACUUACGGCAAUGGUGGAGCAGAUGGACAAUAAAACAGUUGUGAGUGGAAAGCCUGUUACCUUUUUGUGCAACUACAUCCUCAGUAUGCGGGUCCGGCAGGUUUUGUGGAAGAAAACAGCUGAGCAAGGAGACUCCGCCACUGUUGCCUCUUAUGUCAAGCAUAGCAAACCAGUCGUUACCAGCCCUUUCAAGAGUCGGGUUUCUCUAAAUCCAUCACUCGGCCAGACCAGGCUCUCCAUACACCAGGCUCAGACAGAGGAUGAGGGCUGUUACACCUGCGAAUAUCACACAUAUCCAGAUGGCAUCAAGAGCACAACGGCUUGCCUUUCUGUUUAUGUGCUCCCCAACCCGGAGGCCAGUUACGUGACCGUAUCACAGGGCAUCAUUGAGGCAAACUGCUCAGCCAUGUCCCGUCCUGCAGCCGAGAUCUCAUGGAACGUGGAGGGUCAUAAUCAAACUUUGGGCCCUGCCGUAAUAUCAUUUUACCAGCAAGGGGACGGCACCACAAUGGUGGUCAGCUCUAUUCAACUGCAGAGCGAACUACUGGACGAUGAGCUUGUGAAAUGUGAAGUUCAUCACCAGGGUCUUGAGGCAGCCAUAUAUGUGUCUCUCAAUAAAUCUAGGAAUGGCCAUGUCAUUCUGAUUUCAGCCAGCUGCGUGGCCCUUGUGCUGAUCCUAUGUCUGUGUGUCUGCCUAAAGAAGUGUUAACUUCACCUGCUGAUUUGGUUGACUGAAAGGAAGGACAUUGCUGCUACAGUAUAUGUUCAGAUGUUCAAUCCGACCAAACAACAGUGUCUUCUGUCUGAAUCACAGAGCAAUAUGAGUCAGUGUCUUCUAAUAUGACUGAUAUUCAGUGUAAACAAACAUUUAAUCCACACUCUCAACACUAAACACUUUAUUUAUUGUAGAGUGUAUAUUUUAGUAAAGGCUUUUUAGUAGCCCAACUGUGCUGAAUCAUUCUCUUAAAACUUACUUUAAUCUAAACACACUCCUAUUAUCUGAAAGUUGACCUUCUGUAACAAUAGAAACGGAAGUACAAAAUAUAUAUUAUUGUAAGCUUUACUGAUGUUUUGACGGGUGUUACCAAAAACAGUUUUAUCAGGGGAAACACUCUUUUAGGCAUGAGCACCUUUUUGACCUUUUGGUGCCAAGUUAUUUUCUUGAUGUUUGGAUUCAAGUAUUACAGACAUUUUCCCACUAGAGGGAAGUACACUCAUAGCUUUUAAUGUUUAGCCCACCUGCAUCAUUGUUUAAAUUGGGUUUUUCCAUUCCCCUUCCUUUCACACCGCUGUGUUUCAUGUUUCGUGUAACCUUUUCUGAAUUCUAUGAAAUAAUAAAGUAAACAUGCAUUGAAAUGUAAA